UAGCUACCGGUUCUGUCUUCUGUCGUUUGUUUAUGCCUGUAAUCGUCUUUUAAAACUAGAGAUUUUGUUUAUGAUUUGAUUUGUUAUCAAUAAUGAAAGUGAUUUGGUUGAUAUUCUCUGACAAAUAGAAAACGUUAUUUCAAAUGUACGGAAAUAUGUACAAGUAAAAGCAAGGCUUAUUGAAAAAUCGUAAACCAAACAAAAUGCUCCGAAUUGUGAUAUGUUCGUGAAUUUCUUACGCGACUAGUGAUAUGAGAUACAACAGGAUGUAUAAAUGGCAAACAAACAAGCACUGCCUUAUGACUUUAUUUUCGGGCCUAGCCAUAGGGUUCACUAUAGCGUAUGUGGCGCUCACGCGCGAAAUAUCUUUUUCGGACCCUCACACGAGCGAUGAGAUGAAAUAUAUGGAAGGGCCUACAGUAGAUCCCGGUAGUCAUUCGCAAUAUGAGGAAUACCAUCUCAUGGAGGAUAGUACUGUGGCCGAUAAGCUUCAUAAAGAGGUGCGGGUGUUGUGUUGGGUAAUGACGGGUCCUAGUAACCACGAGAAAAGGGCCAAACACGUGAAAAACACCUGGGGCAAGCGAUGUAACGUGCUUUUAUUCAUGAGCUCACAAAAAGAUGAUAAUUUACCCGCGGUAGCUUUACCGAUAAAGGAAGGGCGCAAAUACCUGUGGGGCAAAACCAAAGAGGCAUUCAGGCAUAUAUAUAAUAAUUAUUUAGACAAAGCGGAUUGGUUUUUGAAAGCCGACGAUGAUACCUACGUGAUAUUAGAGAAUCUGCGGUACAUGUUGGUGCCAUACAGUUCCGGCGACUCGAUUUACUUCGGUUGCCGCUUCAAACCUUACGUAAAACAGGGCUACAUGAGUGGUGGCGCUGGUUACGUACUCAGCAAGGAAGCGCUGAAGCGAUUCGUGGAGAUUGGUUUGACUAACUCAACGGGGUGUUCGAAGAGCGAUAGCGGCGCUGAGGACGUCGAACUCGGUCGCUGUAUGGAAGCGGUCAACGUUAAGGCGGGAGACUCGCGCGAUUCCCUGGGCCGAGGCCGGUUUUUUCCCUUUGUUCCGGAACAUCAUCUCAUACCGGGGCACGUGUCAAAGAGUUUUUGGUACUGGCAGUACAUAUACUACGAAAAUAAGGAGGGUAUGGAGUGCUGUUCCGAUAAUGCUGUAUCGUUCCACUAUGUCUCUCCGAACCAGAUGUAUGUGCUCGAGUAUCUAAUCUACCAUUUGCGGCCGUACGGGAUCUCUUUCCACGUAGAGAUGCCCCCGAGCUUCACGACGAAGACGGGCACAGACUGAGCGAUUACGAGAACAUUACCGAACAAAUCAGCAUCCCUCAGUUAUAUCAGAUGCCAUUUUUUAUGUCGUAUACAAAACGUUUCGUCGCAGCAUUGCGACCUUUAGUCUUGAAAAGCCAAAUGUAUUUUAUUUAUAUUGCGAAGUUUAGGUUUUAGGUUAGAGAGCGCAAAUAAAAAGACGGACCUUCUUAAA